AUGGUUGACAAUAUUAACAACAAUAAUGAGCAACGACAAUAUAGUGCUGGAGGAGGAGCAAACAGCAACAAUAUUGUUAGUCGAAAAAAAUCAAACAACGUAAAUUGUGGUGGCAGUGGUGGUGAGUUGACUGCUUCACCAAAAUAUAAUAAAUUAAAUUCACGUGGAUAUAAUAAAGAAGUUCAACAACAAAAACAAUAUCGAGGAAAUAAUUACAGUCGACAACAACGAGAUGCUGUCAAUUCGAGAUUUCAAAAUGAUGUGCAAAGCAAUGUUUAUCGAAAAGAAACGAACGAAAAUUUUGAUUUUGUUGAUGUGGAUGAUGAAAAUCUUGAUGGCGGUCCUAAUGAACUCGUUGAUUUUGAUGACCAAUAUAGAAGUAAACGUGGUGGUAUUGGUGCAAAAAAGACAAAUAUGAGUCAUUUACUUAAUUUUCAUUAUCUUGAUAAACAACGUGUUAAUGUACGUGGUAAUCGUCGAUCAUUGAAUUCAAAUUAUUAUUCAAAUAAUAAAUGGUCAACUAAUGGAAAUUCAUCGAGUAGACAAUCAUUUUCGAAAGAACAAUUCCUUCAAGCAAAUUGUCAAUUUAUUGUUCAAGCAAGUUCCAAUGAUUAUUCAGUUCAUUUUACUGAUCCCGAUUUAGCUAUUGAUUGGUCACGUGUUGAACAAGUUCGUCUGCAUUCAAUGCAUACACUUAAAUGUCCCAUCUGCUUAUCUGAACCACAAGCAGGAAAAAUUACACGUUGUGGACAUGUAUAUUGUUGGUCAUGUUUACUACACUAUUUAGCAUUAAGUGAUAAACCUUGGAGAAAAUGUCCUGUUUGUUCAGAAUCAAUUUACAAACAAGAUAUUCGAAGUGUUCGUGGAAUAAUUUCGCGAUCUUUAAAACCAGGUGAUUGGAUUACAUUUCGUUUAAUGUGCCGUGAACGUGGUUCAGUACUUUUUUAUCCAAAACGGGAUUUCAGUAAUAUAGUAUUAAAAUCUGAACCAGAACAUCUUAUAAUGAAAGCAAAUACACAACAGUAUGCUCAUUUAUUAUCGGCUGAUGAUGAAACAAUUUUAAGUGAAAUAAUUGAAAAAGAAAAAUUUGAAUUAUUGAAACAAUUAGAAGAUGAUGGAGACCAACCGGAAGUUUGUUUUAUUAAACAAGCUCUCGAAGAAAAUAAUGAAAGAGAAGCACUUAUUCGACAACGAAUGGAACAAACAAAUAGGAUGAAUGAGAUUAAAUUAACAUCGAAACCAAUCAAAGAAGAAGAAAAUUUACUACCAAAGAAACCUACAUUAACUUAUGACAAUGCUUUUGAUGAUGUCGUAGAUUCAAAACAAGAAGAAAAUUUGAAUAUUAUUACCGAACAAAACUCUGCUUCAAACGCAUGUUUACCUACUGACACAAGUCUUUUGUGUGCAGCAGCAUCAGUGUCAUCCAAUGUAUCACCAAGUCGUUACUACUUUUAUAAAGCUGAUGAUAUCUAUCAUGCAUAUUUAAAUGGUUUAAAUACGCGAAUUUUAUUGCAUGAAUAUGGCUGUUAUCAACAAUGCCCUGAUGAACUGCGUGUUCGAGUUGAAGCCAUCGAAAGUUUUUUUAUGACUGGAGAAUUUCGAUCACAAUUUCGUUCAAUAAGUCAUUUACCAUUGACAUGUGAGUUUCAAGUUAUAGAAGUUCGUCUUAAUCCACCUAUGAUCUCUCCAACAACAAUGCAAGUGUUCAACGAUGAAAUUCAUCGGCGUCGUCAAUUGCGUACACGAAAAGAACGCCUAGAAAAAAGAAGACAACAACAAGCAGAAUUCGUUGAGAGUCAAAAACUAUUUUCUCAAUAUCCGCCUGAAAUGAUGUAUAUACCACAAGAAACUUUUCCUGUAAAUGGAACAAAUUCAAUGGAAGAAUUUCCAGCCAUGAUUAGUAGUGCAACAUCAGCAUCUAUUCAAUCAUUCGAUGAAAAUUUGUCACCUCCAACGACUGUUUCAUUUGCUCAAAUGCUUAAGCAGCAAGCUCCGCCUGUACUGAAACCAUCUACAACCAAUAAAUCGACUAGUGAGAAAAUUGCAGUUGCCGAAAUUUCGAAAAAAAAGAAAAAUAAACAAAACAAAAAAGACAAUUAUGAAAGUGACGAAGAUCAUAUUAAUGAAGAUGAAGCAUAUUAUGCAGCUACACCGAAUUUUCAUUCAAGCUUUAGUCUUGAAGGAGUUUUUGAGCAGCUUAAGCUUGUAAAUGAUGAAGAAAAUCUUGCAUCAAAACUCGAUGAAACCACAAGCAAGGCCACGACUAAAAAGAAAAAUAGAAAACAUAAACAAGUAUUGUUUGCUACUGGAUUAGGUAGUCAAGUGAAAUUGUGA